AUGUUCAUGAGAUCACUUGGUGGAUGGAGAGAUUGGCCCAUUUAUGGGUGUGCAAUCGCACUAAGACUUGUACUCUUUAGUAUCUCGUCUGUAGCAACAACACUUGGUCAACGCGUAGAGUUAGUUACACCCGUGACGAGCUUCAAGCGACUAACUGAAGGAGUCCAUCUCUAUGAAAGCAAUGUCCCACCCUAUGAUGGUGGUCUUGUUCAUCAAUCUCCAUUAUUACUUGCACUAUUCUCAUUUCUGAAUGACUUGCCGAGCAUCACAAUUCCUUUGUUGUACAGUAUAUUAGAUGUUGUGAUUGCUCAUGCUCUUCAAAAGAUCUGCAAGGCAAAACAAGCACGCGACAAAGGAAAGCCAAAGUUAGCUGUCGAGACAGGGCCGUCGAUUUCGCCUUCUGCAGUAUCAGCCCUGUACCUGUUUAAUCCUUUUACUAUUCUCUCGUGUGUAUCCAAAUCCACAAUAUUAUUCACCAACCUUAGUAUUGUUAUGGCUCUUCUUUGGGCAUCUCUUGACAAUGCUGUGGCGUCUAUGUUCUGGAUUUCCAUGGCAUCUUAUCUGAGCUUUUAUCCUGUCAUGCUUGUUGCCCCUCUGGCCCUCUUGCUCAAGUCACGGGCUACAUCUGUCGUCUCGCUGUUCAUGGGAUGGUCGGUGUUGCUCUUGGCAGUUUCUCGUCUGAUAAUUGGAUCAUGGGAGUUUAUGAGAGAAACUUACGGAGUCAUCAUUUUAUUAUCAGAUCUGACGCCAAAUAUUGGAAUGUUUUGGUACUUCUUUAUCGAGAUAUUUGAUCAGUUCAGAUCAUUCUUUAUGGUCGUUUUCCAGUUACAUUCAUUCAUAUUUGUAGCUCCUCUGUGUAUCAAACUGAGAGAUUCGCCUGUAUUUGUAAUAAUUGUGCUUUGUGGAAUAAUGUCCGUUUUCAAAAGCUACCCUUCAGUGGGUGAUGCGGCCUUGUAUCUCGGAUUGGUUCCUCUUCACGAUGAAGUAUUCAAAUAUUGCCGAUACGGAUUCCUUGUGUCGAACCUGUUUCUGUACGCCUCAGUAUUAGCACCUAUCUUUUGGCAUCUGUGGAUUUAUGCUGGCAGUGGAAAUGCCAAUUUCUUUUAUGCAAUCACACUUGUGUACAAUCUUGGUCAGAUCUUAUUGUUAAUCGAUCUUGUUUAUUCGGCUCUAAGAAGAGCAUUUGAUGUAGCUCAUCCAGAAGCAAUUGGAAAACAGGUUAUACGUCGUUAA